AUGGUCAAGCUCCCAUCACCAUUCGCCGAGAUUCCUCGGGUACAGUUACUUUUCGACCGGCCCUCAGACAUCGAGCGAUUAUCUUGCCUCAGCUCAUCUAUAGAUGGGGGUGCAAACUUAUGGAUAGCCCGCGAGGAUCGUAAUUCGGGCCUUGCUUUUGCCGGAAAUAAAGUACGCAAGCUCGAAUAUGUCUUAGCGGAUGCCCUCGCGCAGGGUGCCGAUACCCUUGUGACUACGGGUGGAUUACAGUCAAACCACAUGUGUCAAACUUCUGCUGCAGCAGCUCGUCUUGGUCUCAAGGUUGCUCUUUAUCCAGCCAAUCGUGUUGCAUCUGAGGACGCUGAGUACAAGUAUCUCGGCAACAUCCAAGCAAACUCAAUUCUAGGCGCUGAGACCUUCACCCCAGACACCAGCGAAGAGACUGUGACCCAAAUUCUCAAAGAUCGCGGGCAAAAGCCUUAUUCAAUCCCAGCUGGCGCGAGCACGCAUCCUCUGGGAGGCUUGGGCUAUGCUCGCUGGGCAUUUGAACUGCUUGAACAAGAGGUAAAGCUCGGCGUUACGUUUGACGUCAUAGCUCUUGUUGCGGGUUCUUGUUCCACGCUCGGAGGUAUACUCGCAGGCCUCAAGUUGGCGCAAAAGCAUGGUAUUACAGGGUCCAAGAAACAUCUCAUUGGAUUUUCGGUAUUGCAUCCGAAGGAGGAGGAUGUCGUUGAAAAGGUAUUGAGCAUAGCAAAGAACGCAGCGUCAAAGAUUGGCGUGUCCCCGGAUGAGAUCACGGAAGACGAUUUUGAAAUUGAUGCUUCUUAUAUCGGGGAAGGAUACGGACAGGUCAAUGAAAGCACCGCUGAUGGGAUGAAGGAGCUAGCAAGGGCGGAGGGUAUUCUGACUGAUCCUGUCUAUACGGGUAAGGCUUUCAACGGGCUGCUUCAUACAGCCAAGAGCGGCGGACUGAAAGACAAGAAUGUUCUCUUUAUUCAUACGGGGGGGCAGGCCGUUCUUGGAGCUUAUCCGCAUGUGAGAUAG